AUGGAAACACCAAAACGUACAGCAUUACCUGAAAGUUCAUCAGCUCUUGCUGAAUCAUCCGGUGGUCUUGCAUUUGAAGUUAGAUUAGCUGAAUCGCCACGUCAUGGAGCAGCUCAACCACCAUUACAUUUUCUUUCGCCAAGUGCUAAAAGUAAUCAAAAUGAUUUAUCAACACCAUUAACACCUGAAAGUAUAACGGAAAAAUUAAAACGUGCCGAAGAACGUCGACUUAGUCUCGAGCAACUUCGUUCUACAUUACUUGCAGCUGAGAAUAGUCGACCAGUCGAAAUAAGUAAAAUAAAAGAUCAACAAGCUGAAGACUUUAAAAAACAAACUGAAGAAAAAUUACAAAAGAAACUUGAAUCAGCAAAAGAAAAUCGCGAACGUGUUCUACAGGCAAAAGUUGAAAAAGCGAAAGCGCCCAUAGAAAAAGGCUUUGCUACUGUUCAUCAUAAUUUAGCUAAACUCGAAGAAGAACGACAAUUGUUACAAGAAAAAAUUAAUCAAAAAUUAAAUACAGCUGAAAUAAAUCGACAGGAACAAUUAGAUCGUUUAAUGGAAAAAUUAAAUGAACACGAUAAGAAAAUUGAAGCGAUUAAAAGUCAAACAAAACCUGAAACAACUACAAAUGAACAAACAGCAUAA